AUGCCUCCCCCUCUCCGUGUGUUAACUCGAGGCUCGGUGUUGGUCGGCAAACGCGGUCAACGCUACGUUUUGCUUGAUCCACUCGUUCAACGCAAAGGGAAACAGUGUAAUGUCUGGAGCGCUGCAAAGCAGGAUGACCCAAUGCACCAGUUUGUCCUCAAGAAACCAGACGAUGAAGAUGGUCCCGGGUGGCCCGACUUCACUCGGGAGAUGGAAAUGCAGAAGCUGUUGUAUAAAUCUGGUUACAUCCGUCGGAUGGUUGAUGUCAUCCCGCCUCCUUCUGAUACGGAGCCGCCAAUCAUGAUUCUUGAAGCAUUCGAGAAGUCGCUGUGGACCGCACGAUUGCGGCGUCCUUUUUCUUUGGGGGAGAUUCGAUCUGUUAUGAGAUCUAUCGCGAUUGGGCUGAGUACUAUACAUCACAACAAUAUUGUGUAUAUAGACUUGAAGAUGGAGAAUAUCCUUGUCAAUGGGUUCGAUAAUGAGACUCCAGGCUCUGGUGAACAUUUGGUGACUAAGAUUGCUGAUCUUGGGAUGAUGCGACCACCUUCCCAGGGCCCUAUAUCUGCAAUUACAUAUCGCAGUCCCGAGGUAUACUUUAAGAAACCCUGGACAACUGCAACAGAUAUAUGGUCUUGGGGUAUAGUGUAUCUACAUCUACUUCAAGCCCAUAUUAAUUUCGAAGAACCUGGGAUAUUUGACUCAUUAAAGGUUGAAGGGACAUUAAUAGAUAAGGAGAAUACUAUUCGGGCAGCUAUGGGUCAGGAGUUUGAUCUUCAUACGAUUGAGUAUUAUAACUCAGACCCAGAUACACGACAACUACUGCCACCAAAGGAUAAAACAAGGACUGAGCUUGAUCAUUGGGUAGUAAAGCUCAUCAACAAGGACAUCCCGGAAAAGGAUAUUCAGACAGUCCACGUCGCCCUCAAUCCUGUUCCAGAGCUACGCCCCAGUGCACUUGAGCUUCUGGAGUAUGGCUAUAUCUAA